GAUUAGUUUGUCAUCACUCAUAUUUACAUUAUUGGCAGCACUUACAAAGUUUUUGCUGUCAAGUGUAGUGUGAGGACUGGGCCGUGUAAGAAAAUCUCUUCAAUUUCGAUAUUUUUUGGAUUUAAUCCUUGCUCUUAGAAAUAAACAAUUAUAUUCGAAAAAUGGCAUGUAACGCAAAUAAAGCACCUUUCCUCCGUUCGAUUGCAAAGCGUGGUUUGGCAAGUCAGUGUCCACGCCCAUUGGGACAAGCAGCUGAAGUCCAAUCAACUGUGUUGAAUAAUAAAUUAGUGGUCGCCACUGCCGAAGCCUCCCUGCCAAUUACGCGUGUGUCCAUUGUUUUACGCGCUGGAUCUCGCAAUGAAAGCUACGAAAACCAAGGAGCUGCACAUUUGUUACGCCUUGCUGCUAAUUUGUCCACCAAGAAUUCUAGUGCUUUUGCUAUAACUCGUAACAUCCAACAAGUUGGCGGUAGUUUGAGUGCAUCUAACGAUCGUGAAUUGAUUACUUACACCGUUGAAACUACGGCUAAUCAAAUCGAGACAGGAUUGCGUUACUUGCAAGACCUUGUACAGCCAGCUUUCAAGCCAUGGGAGCUUGCUGACAAUGUUCCACUUCUACGCACUCAGGUGUCCUCUGUUUCACCACAGGAGCGCGUUGUAGAAUUGUUGCACAAGGCCGCUUUCCGUUCCGGUUUAGGUAAUUCGAUCUACAUCCCAAAACACCAAAUUGGUAAAUUGUCCAGCGAGUCAUUACUCCACUACGUUGCCAACACCUUUGUGCCCAGCCGCUGCGCUGUCGUUGGCGUUGGCAUUGACCAAAACACCCUGUCAGGUUUUGCCCAGAACCUUGAAUUGGCCUCAGGAUCCGGAAAAUCGAAUUCCACUUCUUACUAUGGUGGCGAUGCACGCAAGGAUACAGCUGGUGUUGUUGCUCAUGUCGCUGUGGCUGGACAAGGUGGUUCACUACUUAACCAAAAGGAGGCUUUAGCAUUUGCCGUGUUGAAGCAAGCCGUAGGCGCAGGUGCUGCAACCAAAAGGGGUAAUAUUAAUGGCUCUUUUGGCAAAGCGUUGCAAAGUGCUGUAACCGAUGCAUCUGUUUCAUACUCAACCAUUAAUGCUUCGUAUGAGGAUGCUGGUCUGUUCGGAUUUUUGGUUUCUACAGAUGGACAACUAAUUGGCAAGGCCGUUGAUGCAUUGACACGCGCCUUGAAAUCCGGCUCAGUAUCUUCUAAUGAUGUUAACCGUGGCAAGGCUUUGCUUAAAGCUGCUAUUUUGGAAAGCUAUUCCACAGACAGCUCUUUGAUCAAUGCAAUUGGUGUUCAGGCUGUACAACUGAAACAGGUACAAAGCAUCGAGUCGUUGUUGUCUGCUGUCGAUGGUGUCACUCAGCAAGAAGUGCAAGAGGCUGCAAAGAAAGCUGGCUCAUCCAAGUUGUCCGUUGCGGCUGUUGGAAACCUAGCCAAUGUACCAUAUGCGUCAGAUCUAGCUUAAUUGUAAAAUUACAUGAAUUAUUGAUAUAUAUUAUUAAACAUACCAAUUGAGAACUUGGACAAAAUAUGUUUUGAUCUUCAACCAAAUCGAUUAAGUAGUGAAAAUUAGUCACUAAAGUGUAAUAAGCUGAUUGUUGUAACGGUAUUGUUAAAGUGAUACACAUUAAAAAUACAGUAGGAUCAAAAACUCGUUUUUACUCGUA